GAAGUUUACAAAGACAUGCCAGAAACAAGUUUUACCCGCACAAUAUCCAAUCCAGAAGUAGUUAUGAAGCGACGAAGACAGCAGAAACUAGAGAAGAGGAUGCAGGAGUUUCGAAGCUCAGAUGGCCGCCCGGACUCUGGUGGGACAUUGAGAAUUUAUGCGGACAGCUUAAAGCCAAACAUUCCAUACAAAACUAUACUGUUGUCAACAAAUGAUACAGCUGAUUUUGCUGUUAUUGAAGCACUGGAAAAAUAUGGUAUGGAGAAAGAAAAUCCCAGAGAUUUCUGCAUUGCCAGGGUAAUGUUACCACCUGGCGGCCAACAUUCAGACAAAGGUUUGAAAGAAACUAUACUUGAUGAUGAUGAAUGCCCUCUACAGAUAUUCCGGGACUGGUCAAGUGAUAAAGGAGAACUUGUAUUUCAGUUAAGAAGAAGACCUCCAGAUCACCUCUCAAAGAAAAGCAGGAAACUUGAGGGCAAGCCAUCAAAAGGCAAAGAGCGGACGGAUUCUUUUGGUUACUCACUUUCACCAGAUAAACUGCCUUACUUGGUAGAGUUAAGUCCAGAUGGGUCAGAUUCUAGAGAUAAGCCAAAGCUCUAUCGUCUUCAGCUAAGUGUCACUGAAGUCGGAACCGAGAAGCUUGAUGAGAAUUCUAUACAGUUGUUUGGCCCAGGCAUACAGCCUCAUCACUGCGAUCUUACAAAUAUGGAUGGAGUAGUUACCGUCACCCCCAGAAGUAUUGAUGCUGAUACUUUUGUUGAUGAUCAGCGUAUCACUGAAACCACCAUGUUACACAGUGGAGUGAAGGUGCAGUUUGGGUCCUCACAUGUUUUUAAAUUUGUGGAUCCUAAUCAUGACCAGUUGCUGGGUAAAAGACCAUCAGAUGCUGGACAGAUGUUUAGAGGGCAAAGGAGCAAGAUGGGGGUUCAGGAAACCACAUUUGGCUUGGAAGGAGAUGUACUUAGUGGCUCAUCGCUGCAGUCUAAUAAGGGUUCUAGUAAGUUGGACAGUGAUAAAAUGGCAAGCUCUACAGAGCGUGGCAUGGUAAAGCCAAUGAUACGCAUGGAUAAGCAACAAGAACACCGUAGUCUGGAUGGCAGACCACAAGAUGCUCAUGGACCUGAGCAUGUGUUACCUGCAAGCAUCGAGUUUAGAGAAAACUGU